AAGAAGCACUCGCGAGAUCUGGAUGUGUAGUACAAGGCUAGUUGUGAACGGGAUGCAACUUUGUUACGCCGAGUACAGCAGCUUUCAAGAUUCGGUUUAUGCACGUGCACUUUACAAUCAAAUAUUAAAGCAUGUCGAGGUAGCGAUCAGGCACAACGGACUUAACGACACAUUUGGAAGUGGCAGUUGAGUUGCCUGCUAAUCUACAUUACUUUGCUUUAUUGAGAACUGUCAAGCUAGGUAGCUACUUGUCUGUCACACUUGACACGAGAGACUGGAAGAGUGGCUCCGUCGCCAGGUACAUCCUAUUCUUUUGCACUCAGUUGUAACCAUGUGGCCCUGCAUAACAAUAUGUAGGCCGCUUCUAUUGAAAUUAAGAAGCAGGUAUGCUUUCUCAAAGGACACUCGGCAAACGUUAGUGUCACCAAGCAAACUGAUCUUCAGACCCAGUGCAUCAUGUACAGGGGUGGGGAAGAAAUGGACUCGACCAACAGGAUACGACACGGGGUUGAAGACCUACAACAGCCUCACCAAACAGAAAGAACCACUGAUAUUGGCGCAGGAAGGAAUUGCUACUUGGUAUAGCUGUGGACCCACUGUCUACGACCAUGCUCACCUGGGGCAUGCAUGUUCCUAUGUCAGAUUUGACAUCAUCCAGAGGGUUCUAUCCAGGGUCUUUGGCAUCAAUGUCAUUCAUGUCAUGGUCAUCACUGACAUCGAUGAUAAAAUCAUUAGGAGAGCUUUGGAGAAAAGCGUAUCUCCAACAGUCUUGGCCAGAAUGUACGAGGAGGAAUUUAAAAAUGACAUGUUAGCCCUGAAGGUUCUUCCUCCUGCUGUGUACUUGAGGGUCACUGAGAAUAUACCUCAAAUCGUGGCUUUCAUUGAGGGCAUCAUCAGAAAUGAACACGCCUAUGCCACAAAACAAGGGGACGUCUAUUUCGAUAUCGGGUCCAUCGGGGACCGUUACGGCAAGCUUAUGGGUGCUGGAGAUGCAACUGGUGAGCCUGGGGACAGAGAGAAACGGGACAGCCGAGAUUUUGCCCUGUGGAAGGCUUCCAAGCCGCAGGAGCCCUCCUGGGAGUCUCCCUGGGGCAAGGGAAGACCCGGCUGGCACAUCGAAUGCUCCACCAUUGCCAGCUCUGUGUUUGGAAGUCAGCUGGACAUUCACUCUGGGGGCAUCGAUUUGGCCUUCCCUCACCAUGAGAAUGAGAUCGCCCAGUGUGAGGCCUACCACCAGUGUGGCCAGUGGGGGAACUACUUCCUGCACUCAGGACAUUUACAUCUUAAAGGAAGUGCUGAGAAAAUGUCAAAGUCCUUGAAUAAUUAUAUAACGAUAAAGGAUUUCCUAGAAUCUUACUCUGCCAAUGAAUUCCGAAUGUUCUGCCUUCUGACCAAAUACAGAUCAGCAAUCGACUAUAGUGACGCCAGCUUGAACGAAGCUCGGAGCUCCCUGGCAACCAUUACUGCCUUCACCCAUGAUGCCCAGGCCUACAUGAGGGGCCAGCUGCAGUGCCCGGCUGUGGAGGAGGGGGCAUUAUGGGAAAGGUUAGCUGAAACUAAAGCAAACGUUGUCAGAGCACUGGCAGAUGACUUUGAUACGCCAAGGGUCGUUAAUGCCAUCAUGAGCCUUGUUUACCAUGGGAACCGCCAUCUUCAGCCCAUCACUAAGCCUGACAGAUCACCAAGGAGCCCAGCUGUGUUUGGGGCCUUCCUCGCCUACAUCAGGGAAGUCUUUGAGGUCCUGGGGGUCGACCUGCUGGACAGAAAGGGGGCUCAUUCUGUUGAUUCUUCGGGGACCCUAGAGAACGUGGUGGAGCAGUUGGCUCGUUUCCGUAGCGAUGUGCGGGCCUUCGCUUUGUCCGUGCAAGACACGCCCCCUGGAGAGCCCACCCAUGCCAGUCCAAGUCCAUGCUCAGAAAAGUUACCCCUCCUCAAGGCCUGCGACACCCUGCGGAAAGAUCUUGCAUCUAUGGGAGUGCACAUAAGGGACAGAGGCCCCAACUCCACGUGGGAGAUUUCGCAGAAGAGGCCAGCUGGCCAGGACAAGAAAUAAUAGAACAGAAUUGCAAAUAGAAUGAGCUUAGAUUGAGUUUUGUAUGCCCUGGUUUGGAUGAAGAUUGAGGACUACCACAAAGACUGGGAGACAUGGAAUUGUGGGUUGGAGCUGCUAUGAUGUUGUUGACUGUUUCCUCAAGACUUUGGAAGGAUUGGUAUAAUGGAAUUUGUCAUAGGGCAGGUUGGACUAUAUCACUGGCAUUGGAAAUGAUACUAUCGCAUAGUUAUAAAUGGGAUUGUCAUAAAAUUAUACUUAGGUCUGCAAUAAAGUGUUGAUAGAAUUGUAUAUAAAAUAUUAAUGUUAAAUAUUUUUCGCCUUAAGCUACUUGAUUCAAAGUAAAAUGUAUUUCAGGGGAAUGACUUAUCAAAUAUGUAAAUCUUUUGAAAUCAGAAAUGUCAAAUUAUUCCUGUGCAAAAUGCCAUUUAAAUUAUUACACACUAAAAAAAAAAUAUAAAGUCUUGGUCCCAUGUUUCAUGAGCUGAAAUAGAAAAUGAAAGACAUUUUCCAUAUGCACAGAAAGCUUAUUUUCUCAAAUUUCACCUUUGCCAAGAUAAUCCAUCCACCAGACAGGUGUGACAUAUUAAGCAGUUGAUUAAACAGCAUGGUCAUUAUAUAGGUGCACCUUGUGCUGGGGACAAAAGGACACUUUAAAAGGUGCCGUUUUGUCACCCAAAACAAUGCCACAGAUGUCUCAAGUUGAGGGAGCAUGUUAUUGCCAUGCUGGCUGCAGGAAUAUCCACCAGAGCUGUUGCCAGAUAAUUUAAUGUUCAAUUUUCUACCAUAAGCUGCUUCCAACGUUGUCCAGUGAAUUUUGCCUGCUAUUUUUGUUCAGUGUUUGACUUUCUGUUGUUACAUUAUACUAAUUGCAUCAACACACACACAUUAGAGGGGGUGGAAAUAUAGAAGUAAAAAGAUGCCAACCUUUGUGA